UUUCGCCACCAACACAGGCCCGGCCGGCAAAUCACGUUCGCCGUCGUUUGGCUCCUAUCAGAUCUGCUAGGCCAGUUGAGGAAAGAUGGGCAGGUAUCUGUAUUUCUGCGGCGCGUGGCCUGUCCUCGGACUUAAAGGCUCAGGCCGCCGCGAAGACGGAUAAUUAAAGCCAAGAGCCUCCCGGCUUUCCGUCUCGCGAAACAAUUAGCUCCAUCGCUUUGAAGCAGCCGAAGACACCUCUGUCAGGAUCGAACCAAGGCCUCACCACGAUGCUCGGCAAACUCUUACCCCUCGCCCUACUCUUUUCCAUCCCGCUGCCGCAGCCCGCGCAGGCGCAGUCGAGUUCGAUUAGCGUCGGCCCGCUGCUGACCUGCUCCAUCACGACAUUUGGCUGCCCUAGCGGCGGGUGCUGCACCAUCGACGGCUGCUGCGCCGGCGGCUGCUGCGCGAACGGGUACACGUGCAUCAACGAAGCGACAAACCCGGCGUGCUGCCCCGUGGGCGACGCCACCAAGUGCGGCACCGUGUCGGCGCCGUCGCCAGGAUCCGGCACCGGCACCGGCACAGGUUCGGGAGGCCACACGUGCACGGGCAUCGACAACUGCCCGAGAGACCCGACAGUCGGCCGCGGCUGGACCUGUCUCCUGGGCAAGACGUGCGGCUUCUCCUUCGGCGAGUGCAAUCCCUGCCCGUACAUUGCCGGGGGCGGCUCGGGCACGGGCAGCAGCUCCGAUGGCGGCUCGAGCAGCAGCGGGUCGGGCUCGCCGACGUCCAGCAGCGGCGCGUCCGGUACCACUCCGCCCCCGACGGCCAGCUCUGGUGCUGCGGCGGUGAGCACCAGUACCAGCACGAAGUCGUCUUUUGGGCUCCGCUCGGCGGACACCAGAGCGUGUUUGCCCUGGCUGGCGGCGCUUGGGGUUGGCGUGGUGUGUUUGCUUUAAUUAGGGUUCGUCUGGUGGGUUGAGUGGUGUCGUCAGAUUCGGCAUUUUGGGAUACGAUGGGGCCCCGAACCUCUUUUACUUCGUUGUUUGCUUUGAUGACCAACGUAGUGACACAGUUUACGCAGUGACACACCGACCUUACAAGUUGCCUUGCGUAAGUAAAGUAUCUAGUUUAGAAGUCUUAAUUUAGAUCUACACUUUUUGUAUCAAGACAUCAGUCCGCGAAGAAAUCCCAACCAUCUACAACAA